UUGGAUUCAGACACGGGGCUUCGUCUUCAGACAUGAACAGCCAGAUCCUGUGCUAGGAUUCACAUUGUACCACAAUUAUGGAACAAAUGGGCGUAACAAACGCCACAGACGUGUUUAUCAAUGGCACAUGGUGGUGCAUGGUGAGCGGAUGGACUCAGGGUGACCAAAAUGGAACUAAGACCAUGGCUGAACUUAACUCCUCCAUGGAGUACUUGGUUCCAUGUGAUUCCCUCGAAGAUGCCAAUGCCACGUAUGUCCACGAGGAGGAUGACGACAUGAGUGUGUGGUUGGAUUCGUUUUGGACCAUUCUUUUCUCAUCCAUGAUAACGGCUGCCAUUGCUGGUAACUCUAUUGUGAUAUGGAUAGUUAUCGCUCAUAAACGGAUGUGGAACGCCACAAAUUCUUUCAUUGUAAACCUGAGCAUCGCCGACUUGCUCAACUCCAUCUUCAAUACCAUUUUUAGUUUCAUCUUUAUGAAAUCUCGGAAUUGGGUUUUCGGCAAGGAGUUCUGCACGUUGAACCAUUUUUUUGCUUAUAGUACGGUCUCUGCUUCGUCUUUUACCUUGAGCGCUAUCUCUUUAGAUCGACAUAUUUCCAUUUUACGUCCAAACAAACCUCACAUAGCCUCCAAAACAGCCGCGGGCCUCAUAUUGGCUGUGUGGGCCUUGAGUGUCUUAGUGGCCUUACCGCCCACUUUUUACACUGCUCAUCAUUCGAGUGGAAACGCGACGGGAGAUAUCAUCAACUAUUGUUUACUUAUUUGGCCGGAUGGACCUCCUACCAUUUCGUAUUAUGACUACCAAUACAACAUUUUCUUCUCCAUCGUGACGUAUCUCAUCCCAGUGACUCAAAUGCUCAUCUCGUACUCCCACAUGAGCUUUGUGUUGUGGAAGAAAUCCAUACCGUUUUCCGGUUCGACACCCACCAAUGCCCAACACGAGACCCAAGUGACGACAAGAGAUAUUCAGCUCGCUCGAAGCCAAGAAAAGGCCAUAAAUAACAAACGAAAAUUAGUUAAGAUGUUCUUCACUGUGGUGGUUCUCUUUGGACUGUGUUGGUUUCCAUACCACUUCUAUUUCUUAUACACCUUCCACGAUAAAAGUAUCAUUUCAAGGCCGAACAUUCAGCAUGUGUACCUGACGUUUUAUUGGCUGGCCAUGGCCAAUUCCAUGAUCAAUCCCAUCAUCUACUAUCUCAUGAAUGCCAGGUUCCGUUACUAUUUCCGCACCUUGGUUCUCAAUUUCCGCGCUUCAGUGUGGCAUUUCUUUUCAACGGACUACUCUGACUCAUUUCCCAUGGAAUACAGUCCCAAGUUCCGGCCCAAGUUCCCUCCAAAUCAGCAUCAACACCCACCUCACCAUCAUCAAGGUGCUCUUUAUGAGGCUCCCAGGAACAAUUUCAAAAUGGAGAUCUUCAAACAAUCCACUUGUGGGGAGCCCAACCCGGAUC